AUGAAAUCUUCUACGGAUACCAUAGAAAAUAUAGAAAAUGAAGAAAAUGAAGAGUUUCAAGAAGACUUUAAUAAUAUUAUUAAAUUUCCGCCCGAAUUAGAGGCAUCAAUUUCUCAAAUACUUCAAAUUAACGAUCCUUUAGAUAGUAAUGACUUUAAUCCAAUAGAAUGUCUUAAUCAAAUGCUUCCGAAUGAACAAGCAUUAGCUUCUGUCGAUGUGACAGCCAAAAAGCUUCAAACAAAAAUGCGACAAUUGAGUGGAGAGAUAAAAGAACUUUCUAGAAUACAAACUGAUGCUGGUCAACGAGGGCCAGAAGAGGUUGCAGAGGCUAAGAAAGCGAUAGAGGAACUUUUUGAUAGAAUAAGACAAAUCAAAGAGAAAGCAUCACAAUCCGAAACAAUGGUGCAAGAAAUAACCAAAGAUAUCAAAUCACUGGAUUAUGCUAAGAAGCAUUUGACUAUUUCGAUUACUUCUUUGAAAAGACUGCAAAUGCUUGUCGCUGCUUUAGAUCAAUUAAAAGUCAUGGCACAGAUGAAACAAUAUAAAGAGACAUCACAACUUUUACAACUUAGUUCAUAUUUUAAAAGUUAUAAAAGUAUUAAACGAAUAGCGGAGUUAUCAUCUUCAGUAAAUACGUUCCAGAAUGAUCUAAAGAGGCAAAUUUUUGAAGAUUUUGAGUCUAGUUUUUCUACUGAUGGAGGUUUCAUCAGUCAGACGACACUUCUGGCUAAUGCCUGCUUAGUAAUUGACAUAAUGGGUUUAGAUGUCAGAGUCCUUAAAAAUUAUGAUGAGAGACAUGCUGCAAUAUUUCCUACUUAUUGGCGAUUGAGUGAAUUUCUCAGUAUUCAAUUUUGUGAAAUCGUCAGGGAAGAUUUAGUAAAAACACUUGGAAAGACUAACGAGUUGGAUGUAAAGACCUUACUUAAAAAUUUACAAUUGACCAUUGAGUUUGAAAAUCAACUGACGAAACGUUUUUCUAGCAUGGAUAAAAAUCGACCAUCCAGUACGGAUCAUACGCCACAUAAUUUUAGUAAAACUAUAUCUACAGCAUUUGAACCUUACCUAGGGCUCUAUAUUGAAGCGGAGGAUGGUACAUUAUCGGGAAUGGUUAAUUCCUAUCACACGGAAACAGUUCCGGAUGAAGACGCUUCAUCUUCAGUGUUACAAUCUAGCAUAGAUUUAUUCUACUUUUAUCGUGAAACACUUGCUAAUUGCGCAAAAUUAUCAACGCGACAGCCUUUUUAUGAUUUAUGUAAUAUGUUUGCCAAAUGGCUUCGCGUUUAUGCGAGUGAAGUUUUGAUAGGAAGGCUUCCAAAGGAAGAACGCCGACCGAUAACCCGCGAUGAAUUAAAAUUGACAUGCUUUAUAAUUAAUACGGCAGAUUAUUGUUAUGUUACAACUUCACAGCUUGAAGAUAAAUUAAAAGAUACUAUUGACGAAGAAUAUAAAGAAAAAAUAAACUUUGAUGAAGAACGUAAUCAUUUCCUAAAUGUCGUAGCUACAUCUAUUAGAUCGUUAAUUCGCGGGAUAGAGUCGUCUUAUGAUCCUGCACUUGUAGCUAUGACCAAAUUACCAUGGAGCAAUCUAGAUUCGGUUGGAGAUCAAUCUGAAUACGUCACCCUAUUCAAUAGAACAAUAUUAAGCUGUGUUGUUGGUGUUCAUAAAGAUAUCACCAAUAAUCGGUACUUUAGAACGUUCUGUGACAAAUUUGUAGAGUCUUUCGUUAUUAAGUUUAUGAAUGCUUUAACAAAGUGCAAACCAAUAUCAGAAGUAGGAGCAGAGCAGAUGCUACUCGAUGUUCACGCAUUGAAAACAUCGUUAUUAGAAAUGCCAACAAUGGGCAUGGAAAAUCCAGCACCACCGCCACCGACGUUUAUCAAAAUAGUGAAUAAAGGAAUUAGUAAGGUGGAAACAAUUUUGAAGACGGUUCUUACACCGCAUGAUCCACCUGAAGGAUUAGUUGAAAAUUACAUUUUAUUAAUAGCAGAUAAAAAUAUAAGUAACUUUCAAAAAAUAUUGGAAAUCAAGGGUUUAAAGAAAAAUGAACAACAACCAUUAACGGAAAUAUUUCAACAAAAAAUACUUGAACAUCCGGAAUUACCAGCAAGCUCGAGCAUCAUGUCAUCACUUACAUCAUCAAUAACAUCAAUUACAUCGGUACCAUUAUCACAGUUUAUGACACCAACAUCAUUUCCAACAUUACUUAAUAAUGUACCAUUAACGACUUCAUCAAGUUUUGUAGAUAGAAGUGCAACGAAAUUUAAUGACUUUAAAAAAGUUUUAGGUAGUAGGAAUUGGAGAAAGAAGGAUGGUAGUGAUGGGACGAAAAAAGAGGAUAAUAAGGUUUAA